AUGAGUCCUUCACCAGGUGACAAUCCUGGUCGGACCAUCCCCGAGUGGAUGGACACAGAAAACCUGCGAGGACGGCUUUACUAUAUGUAUUUACGUGCUAAACCAGGCCACACACUUCCCAAGAACCCUUUUGUUAUUGGGAAGUCGGUUGAGGAGUAUGCAGGAAAGGUGGAAGGAGGCUACUACGAGAGGAGAAAAUCUUGGUAUGUCAUCAAAAUUCGAAGCAAAGAUCAAGGUAGGAAGCUAUUUACCUUAAAUGCUUUGAAAGAUGGUACACCAGUUGAAAUUGGUCGCCAUCCGGAGCUGAAUUCUCGAAAGUUUGUAGUGUUUUGCAAUGAGGUGGACGAUAUGACAGAAAAAGAGUUAGAGGUUGAGCUUGCUCCCCAAAAAAUCACAAAUGUUCGUCGUAUCACAAAGAAGAAUGCAACUGGUAUUGUUAACACACCAACUCUCGUGUUAACAAUCAAUUGUACCGUCGUUCCGGAAUUCAUAAAUUUCGGUUUGUUGAGAGUCCGAACCAGACCCUACUAUCCCCAACCGAUGUUGUGCCGUCAGUGCUUAACUUACGGCCACCCUAAAGUCAAAUGCCAGAAUAAAACAGCAUGUAUUAUCUGCUCAUGUAACCACGCAAGUGCGACUUGUACUGCCAAAGUUAAAUAUUGCCACAAUUGCAAGCAAAAUCACUCGCCAACAGAUAGAUCUUGCCCAAUAUGGAUUUUUGAAUCCGCAGCCCUAAAGCUCAAAACUGAACAGGGAAUAACACUAACAGCCGCACGUAAAAAAUUGGAAGAAAACAGCUCUAACUCGACGUAUGCCGAUGUCGUUAAGCGACAAAUCCAGGCGCACAACAUGUACCGUACCAAACAACCAGAUCAGAAGCCGCAUCAACAGGAAGAAACGAACCAAAAAGAAGACCACCAACAGCAGAAGGAAACAACUAAACAAUUACCGAAAAGAGAUCACGUCACCGCAGCCACCACAACGCCAAGCCCCGUGUUGGAAUCUGAUUCCCCCCCUAGGAAGAGAAUCACUUCCCAGCCACCCCCUCCCGUGCCGAUCGGAAAUGUGGAAGCAGAGUUGCAAGAUUUCAGAUAA